AUUUACCAAAAGCGACUUUCAAUUCCUAUAAAACACUCUUCUUCCCAAAGCCUCAUAUUAUCAACAAGUCUUUCUCUCUCAAGACAUUUACACACACAAGAACAAACUUUCUUUCUUUGAAGAUUAAUCUAAGAAAUGGAAAAAGUUGGUGUUUGUGAUGAUUUUGUUAACCUAAAGGCAACAGAGCUGAGAUUGGGAUUACCAGGAACAGAAGAUGGAUGUGAAGAAGAGAAAGAAAAGGUUUCUUGCGGUAAAAGCAACAAAAGAGCAUUACCUGAAACUGAGAAAGAGAUUGAAUCUACCGGAAAAACCGAAGCUUCUCCUCCAAAGGCUCAGAUUGUUGGGUGGCCACCUGUUAGAUCAUACAGGAAGAACAGUUUUCAAACAAAGAAGAAUGAAUCUGAAGGUCAAGGAAUGUAUGUGAAAGUAAGUAUGGAUGGUGCUCCAUAUCUGAGGAAGAUAGAUCUAACGGUGUAUAAGCAAUAUCCAGAAUUGAUGAAAUCACUUGAAAACAUGUUUAAAUUCUCUGUGGGAGAGUAUUUUGAGAGAGAAGGAUAUAAAGGAUCAGACUUUGUGCCUACUUAUGAAGACAAAGAUGGAGAUUGGAUGCUUGUUGGAGAUGUUCCUUGGGAGAUGUUUGUUUCGUCUUGUAAGAGGCUAAGGAUCAUGAAAGGAUCAGAAGUUAAAGGUUUAGGUUGUGGUGUUUGAGAAAAACUUAAUAGAGACAAAAGAUCAAAGAGAAGAUUCAAAAACAGAGUUUUUUUUGUUUUCUCUGUUUUUAAGAGAAAUUAAAAAGCUUUGAAAUCUGCUUGUGUUCUCGAGGAGAGAUGUUUCAUAUGAACAUAAUUGUGAAAUUUUACCUCAUCGGUAAAAAAGAAAUUUCACUUUCUUGUUGUCUUGAUUCUGAUGGUAACAAUGUAUCAGAGAGGUGCUUAUAAUGGUCUUAAGCAUAAGUGUGAGAAAGAUCUAAAGCUAAACUUUAGCUGUAAACUCUGUUUUCUCAAGAAAAUGGUAAUGUUGUGUUCUAAGAUCUAAUAUAAAUUUGCUUCUUCUUUUUUUUUUUUUGUAAUGUGUAACAGAACCCAUUUUUGUGUUAUGUAUCUUGUAGUUGCUUAAAAA